GCCUCUGGCUGCUCCUGGCCCACCAGAUCUUCCUGGUCACCGCCUGCCAGAAUGCCCACUAUGGCACCCUCAUGCAGGAGCUGUGCCUCACCCGCUUCCAGGAGGACAUGGAGGCCAUGGGGAGGGCGCUGUGGUGCGACUGGGGCAAGACCAUCGGGAGCUACGGGCAGCUCACCGACUGCACCCGGAACCUGGCGGAGCGGCUCGGCUGCUUCUGGCCCAGCGUGGAGGUGGACAGGUUCUUCGUGGCCGUCCACCGGCACUACUUCCGCAGCUGCGCCGCCUCCGGCCGGGCCCUGGGGGACCCGCCCCGCACCAUCCUCUGCCCCUUCGUCGUGGUCCCCAUCACGGUGACCCUGCUCGUGACGGCGCUGGUGGUGUGGAGGGGCAAGCGCACUGAGAGCAUCGUGUAGCCGGGAGGACACGUGCGGGCCCGGCCCGGCCACCCCAGGGCGACGGCCAGCCAGCUGCAGGGAGCCCACAGGACUCGAGCGGCCCGUGGGGCUCGGGCGUCACCCUGGCUGCCCCGGCUGGAGGACGCAACCCCUGCUCGCCUCCCUGCCCGCCCCGGUCCCCGUGUGCUGCUGACCCCACAGCCUCCUAUGCUGCUGACCCCCACCGCGUCCCGCGCUCCACCGACUGCACACCCCGUAGAUGUGUCUGUGAUGUGUUUGUAGUCGUGAUUAAAAGGAUGCUCCCAAUGUUU